UGGCUUUAGGCCCUUGGCCUUUGGCCUUUCGCGUUUCACAAAAUGGGGUUUUUCGCUCCUUUUCAUACAGAGAUGAGAGAUUGAAGCGUGAGCGGAGAAUCCAAACAUCGUUGCCCCUCCUCUCUUUCUCCCCCCCUCUCUCUCCCUCUCCUCUCCUCUUCUCAGCAAAAAAAAAACUUCAUCUCUUUCUCUCUCUAACUUUCUUUCUGCAGUCAUCCUAAGCGUUACAUGUAGAUGGAACCUCCUCUACUACAAGGUUAUCGGCGAGAUCGUCGCAAGCUUCUCGAAUUCAUAUUAUCAUCAGGUCUCAUCACAGAAAUUCGAACGCCCUCUGGUCUCACCACCUCUAUCUCCCACAUCGAUAUCGAUCUUCUCAGCGCCGAUUAUGUCCUCCAAUGCAUACAAUCCGGUGAAGUACUUGACAUAUCGGAAGCAACUAAGAAGUACUACGAUGAAUCUGCAUAUCCAGUAAUGAUACACUCUCAAUUAGGGGAUUCCUAUUUUCUUCUUUCUGAUCCUAAAUCAGCUGGAUCUCCUCCUCGGCAUGUGCCUCCUCGAAUUGAGGUCAACCACGCUAGUGAUCAUGCAUCAACUCCAUCCAGUCGAGUUGGUCAAAGGACAAGAGACACUUCUGUAUCUGGGGACGGCGCAGUCACUGCCGCUACAGCUUCAAAGCCCAUGGAAAAUAUAACUGUCCCUUCAUUAGGAUUACCUUCCUUGAGUACAGGAUUAUCCGAUGACGACUUGCGUGAAUCAGCCUAUGAAAUAUUGCUUGCAUCUAUGGUAUUUUGUGGGGUUGAAAUUCAUUCAUUUGAGGAUAGAAAGAAAGAGAAGGGCUCCAAAUUUCUAUCUAGCUUGAAGAGUAGAAAGGAUAAAAGACAUCUGCAAUAUCAGUCUCCUGAUAGGCAUCCAGAGCUCAUUGACACCAUUCGCGCCCAGAUGCAGAUUUCAGAAGCAAUGGAUGUAUGCAUCAGGCAAAGGUUGAUGCAAUUUGCUUCAAGAGAAACUUGUGGAGAAAUUGAUGUCUUGCUAAUCUCCUUGGGGCUCUUAAAUGGCAUUUCCAGGUCCAAAUUUCUCAAUGAAAAGUCAUACAUGCAAUGGAAGAAGAGACAGGCAAAUAUUCUUGAAGAAUUGUUUUCUUCUGCUAAUCAUAUAACUGAACAACAAACAUUAGGAAUUUUACUUGCAAAGAUCAGAAAUGCAAAUGAAUGGGACAUUAUAAUGUCACCUUCUGAACGUGCUGAGGUUCUUUUAGCUAUUAGACAGGUUGCUUCAGUAUUGUCAUCCAGGCCCGGACAAUUUGGUCUCGGUUCCUACUACUGGACUUCUGUCUAUCACUUAAACAUCAGGAUUUAUGAGAAGCUACUUGUUGGCGUAUUUGACAUUCUGGAAGAAGGUCAGCUCAUAGAGGAAGCUGAUGAAAUCCUAAAGCUUAUCAGGUUGACCUGGUCUACUUUAGGCAUUACUCAGAAAAUGCAUAAUGCAUUAUUUGGAUGGGUGCUUUUUCAACAGUUUGUUGGGACAGAUGAGGCAGCUCUACUAGAUCUUGCAAUUCUCGAAGUACAGAAGGUUCUAUCUGCUGAAGGUACUGAUGGGAAGGAACAGCAGUAUAUGAACAGCCUUAUCUGUUCAACUGUAUGCAAUGGCAGUGAAAUAAAACCCAGUUUGGUGCAGGCUAUUCUUUUGUCAAUGAGCAUCUGGUGUGACAGUAAAUUGAAAGAUUAUCAUCUGCAUUUUAGUCAGAAAACUGGAUUAUUCGGGAGGAUGACGACCAUGGCAUUAGCAGUUGGAAAUUAUAGUUUUGGUGAACAUAAUGAAAUCAAGUCAACAAAAUCUGAUGCUUCAAGUGAAAUUGCUGCUAGAAAGCUCAGAACAUAUGUUGAAAGGUCCAUUGAGGCUGCAUGCUGGCGGGUAGCAGAUAUCUUAGAUCUUGAAUCUAAAAUAGAAAGGACUCACCCUUUGGCUCUGCUUGCAAAUGAACUGAGAUUGAUUGCCGAGAGAGAGCUCAAUGUAUUCUUCCCGGUGUUUCGUCCUUGGUAUCCUGAAUCUUCGAUGGUCUCAGCCGUCCUAUUGCACCAAUUUUAUGGAGAAAGACUGAAACCAUUCCUCGAGGGAGUUUCGUGUCUUUCUGAAGACGUUAGAUUAGUGCUUCCUGCAGCAAAUAUGUUGGAACAUGACUUGACAAAGCUUUAUUCUUCUGCAUGUGAGGGAAAUGGGUUGCAUUCCCCUUGCAGCCAACCAUUUGACCUCUAUCAGAUUGGAGAAGUCUCUAGGCCAAUUAUUCUUGAUUGGGUAAUUGCUCAGAGUGAGCGUAUCUUGGAAUGGACUGGACGUGUUAUCGUUCUUGAGGAUUGGGAGCCUCUAUCAAAUCAGCAAAAACAAGCAGCAUCAGCAGUUGAAGUUUUUCGGAUAAUCGAGGAGACUGUGGAUCAAUUCUUUGGGUUGAGUCUUCCAAUGGAUAUCACACAUUUUCAAGCUCUACUAUCUAUACUUUACCAUAGCUUGGACGGCUAUUUGAUUAAACUCGUCAGCCAGUUAGUUGAAGAGCACCACCUUUAUCCUUCUGCUCCUCCUUUGACUCGUUACAAGGAGGCAGUUUUUCCUAUGACCAAGAAAAAGUUGAUUGAUUGUGUGCUUCUGGAAGAGGAAGUGAAGUCUAAGUUGAAUGAGCUGACGAUACCCAAGCUCUGUAUCAGAUUGAAUACUCUCCAAUAUAUUCAGAAACAGAUUGGCACACUGGAAGAUGGCAUUAGGAAAUCAUGGGGACAUGCCACACGAUCUGAAAAUCGAAGAUUGUCCAAUGAAAAACCUCUGGACACUUCAGAGAGAGCUGAACUUACUUGUAGUGAAUCAGUUGAUGAGCUGUUUGUCGCCACCUUUGACAGCAUUAGGGACACUGCAGCUGAUGCUAUCAGAAAAAUAUGUGCCUUAAUUGGAACAAGAGUUGUUUUUUGGGAUUUGAGAGACUCGUUCCUGCUUCAUUUAUAUCAUGGUAGCUUUGAUAGUGCUCGUUUGGACAGUAUUCUUCCACAUUUCGAUAUAGUCCUCAAUAAUAUAUGCAGUUGGAUUGAUGAUGCUCUCAGAGAUCGCGUGGUGUCAAGCAUCUGCAGUGCAUCAAUGGAAGGCUAUGUCUGGGUAUUGCUGGAUGGAGGCCCUUCUUGUGCAUUUUCUGAUUCGGAUAUCAGAAUGAUGGAAGAUGACCUUAAUUUGUUAAAGGAUUUCUUUGUUGCUGAUGGAGAAGGCCUUCCCCGGUCUUUGGUUGAGAAGGAAGCAACAUUUGCUCAUCAAAUCUUAGACCUGUUUUCACUUCAGACUGGAUCUGUAAUUCAAAUGUUGAUGACUGCAAGCGAACAUAUUUCAACAGAACUGGAUUCGCGUCAACAUGGUAGCAGGUGCUUGGGAGAUGCUCACACCCUAAUUCGAAUAUUAUGCCACAAGAAAGACAUGGAGGCCUCCAAAUUCUUAAAAAGGCAAUAUCAGCUGCCCGCAUCUUCAGAGUAUGACGACACUUCAUCGAGGGACUCUAGUUCGAGAUCACCUGUAGUAACAGAUCUUCUAACACGAAGCACAUCGUUCCGCUGGGCCGGGAAGAGCCACGGCAGCUUCAGAUUGAUAAAAAAGAAAUUUCAACGAGCAGCAUCGGGAAUCAGGCAUUCAACAUGGUGACCAAACUGUACGAUGGUGGCCCAUUAAACAUUUUGUAUUUUCACUUGCAUCUCGGUCCAAGCAUUUAGGAGUUGGUCUGUGAGUGCAGAAAUGACUCAUUCAACGUCCAUUUUAAGUCAUUGAGUAUAAUUCUUGUGCAUAAGAAACACCAUUCAUGCAUGAUAUCAUGGAAAGUUAAUUGUAAGACAGUAUGGCUUAAUCUCCUAAUCAAUCAAAUGGAGGUGAGGAAGGUUUCAAGCAUCUACUUGGUGUCAUUAGUUUUUCCAUGUUUGGUUGGAAAAACUAUAAAGCGUGACUAGCGAGAAUUAUAGACUUUUUGGCUGUAUCCAGUUGUAUCUUUGUCUCAGGAAGCAAGUUGGAAGUUGGAAGUUGGAAGCUAUUCUUAUUUGUUAUUUGUUUAUUGGUUACAAUCAUUGUAUUAAUUGGUAGCACAUCAGAGUCAAAGAAACCCACAAAAAGGUGAUAUUGUGGUGGCAGGUCCCCUCAAAAUUCGGCGGUUGUGAUGACUAUGGUGUAGAAAGAUUAAUAAAUCAUUGUGGAUGCUGAGUCACGAUGCUCAACCACUACUAGUCACCUCAUCACCCUCCCUUGCAUUUAUUUUAAAUAUUUUACUAUUUUAGUGUUGUAAUUAAAAGUAUAAAAUCGUGUCGGCCUAUGUGAUGGUUUUUACAUCAUUCAUUUUGUAUGGAGAGGAUUUAAGUUCCAUCUUUCACACUAGCCUGUGUGACUUAAACAGUUUGAUGUGACUAUUAGUGUACUUUCACAUGGAAUUCGGUCCUCUCCUGACCUUUUAUCAUGCGCUUUCACAUCGUAUAUGUAACAAUUGUAUUAUAUUGUUAUAUCAUAUCAUUAUUUUA